CUAAUGUUUGUAUCUCAGGGAGGAAUGGAGGCGUGUCUUUACUGUAAACAUGAGUCAGGAAGAACUCCUUAAACUCUUCAGUGCAGAUUAUUUACGCCUUCUUUAACAGUAUUUUCUUCAAAUCUAAACUUUUCACUCGACUCUGACUUUGUCCUCGAUACUGCUGGCACCAUGACAGUGUUUGAAAACUGUACUGUGGUGUUAGAUGUCAAAAAUCUGCCUUUUAAAGAGAAGAAUAAACUGAGACUAGCUCUUCUGGAGAAUGGAGGAAACAUCUCAUAUGUCAUCAACAAAGAGUGCUCUUUUGUAAUCACUAGCAGUGUGAAUGACCUGAGCAGUAACCGGCAGCGCAGCAUCCAGAAGCUCCAGAUCCCAGUGGUCGGGACGCAGUAUGUGUGGAGCUGUCUGGACCAAGGGCAUCUCCUGCCUUUGACGGUGCAUGAUUUGGCCCCACAGCUGGCGUAUCCCGGCUCUCAAUUCCUUCCCCGUUCAGAGGUAAAAGAGUCGACAAACAAACUAGAAAAAGAGAAGUUCAAAGGUCACACUGAAAUCACAAAGACUGAGCUUGAGAAGGGUGGACCCCGUCCUGACAGGUUCAGAGUUUAUAAAGAAGGCGACCAUGGCCUGCCUGAAUUUCCUUCUUAUUUUCAAGUAGCCAAGUAUUCGGUUUUUGAGAGGGUCAAACCCAAGGCUUUGUCUGUUUUGGAGCUGCAGAGUGCCAAAGGCCGAGCAGGCCAGCAGUAUCGUGUGUUGUGUUCAGUCUUGCGUGAAGCUGAGACUGCCGUGGUUCAAGACAAGCUUGUGUUCUGCGUGACGUCUGAAGAUGCAGUGGAAGCAUAUCUGCAGCUGAUGAAGGAGAUGGAGACAGAGGGAUUCACAAAGACACACACACUUCCCUCUGAGGUUGAGCGCUUGGCAUCCUACAGCCUGCAGCAGCUGCUGUUGGAGGAGAAGCUGAACUGCAGCACAUUAUCACAGGAAGUUGGUGUCUUUGUGGAGCUGGUUUGGACUGAAGCUCUCGGGUCCCUUAAUAACAUCCUGACAGUCCCUGUCUCCAGAAUCAGCCUCAAUGAUGUGAGCAGGGUGGAGGGAUUGUUACUGCAGGCACAAAAGACGGAGAAAGAGGAUGAAGUCAAAGCCCUGCUGGAGGAGGUCAACACUCUUCUACCCCUCAGAAUGAUCGACCCUCCUUCCAAACACAAGCUUGUGUCUCAGAAACUAGACCUUUGUCAGCUGAUCAGAGAUAUUGUGAAUGUCAGUGAGGCCACUCUGGGAAUCCCCUCGGUCUCGUCUUUGGGAAAGUAUCGAGCUCUGAGGUGCAGCAUUGAGGUUGUUCCACCACAAAACCCUGAGUUUCAUGUUGUCUCUCAACUGCUUCAGGACAGGCCUGUUCAGAUUCAGCAGAUACUGCGUGUCAGCAGAGGGGUGGAGCUUCAGAUGUUUAGGGAGGAUUUAGGCAACAUUAAACCCCUCCUCCACUCCACUAGUUCCAGCAGCUUUGUUGGAAUACUGUCACGAGGUCUGCUGCUGCCCAGGGUUGGAGUUGAACAGCAUGGGAUCGAGAGAACGGAUAUCGGUAAUCUUGGAGGAGGAAUCUACUUCAGUGACUCUCUAAAGACUAGUGUGAAAUACUCCAAGCCCAGUGUAACUGACGGCUCUCGGCUGCUGUUGGUGUGUGAAGUGGCGUUGGGUCGGUGUAAGGACCUGCUGAAGAAAGACACCACUUUGACUUGCGCUCCUGACGGCUGUCACAGUGUACACGGAGUCCGCCGCUCUCCCAGCAGACUCUCUGACUUUGAGGAUGAUGAGUUUGUCGUCUAUAACACAGAGCAGAUCAGAAUGAAGUAUGUGGUCCAGUACAGUCUGGAGGGGGACGAGUUAAAAGAGUUCCAGCCUCAUAUUAACACUCAGCUCAUGCAGAUCACGGACACAACCGCUGAUAUCUUGUCCAGUGAUGGUGAGGGUUUGGAGUCCACUAAGAAUCCUCUAGAGGAGAUGAACGCAGGUUUGCUGGACAGCAGUGGUCAGAAACUUCCUCUGCAGGCUGUCAAUGUGAAGUGCAAGCUGAUGGACCUGCUGUGUCAGGUCAUCAUUUUUCAGACCUACACAAACCAGAGUGCUGUUCCCAUUGAAGCAAAGUAUGUCUUUCCACUGGAGGAGACGGCAGCAGUGUGUGGAUUUGAAGCCUUUAUCAAUGGAAAACACGUCAUUGGAAAGGUAAAGGAAAAAGAGCAGGCUCGUAAGGAGUACAAGCAAGCCAUAGAGAAAGGCCAUGGAGCCUACCUGAUGGACCAGGAUGCACCUGAUGUAUUUACUAUCAGUGUGGGGAAUCUUCCUCCUGGAGCCACAGUUCUGAUCAAAGUGACGUUCAUCACUGAGCUGCUGGUCAGAUCAGGCUCUAUAAUCUUCUCACUGUCCGGCAGCGUGGCACCAUGGCAACAGAGCGCCGCCCUUAAUCAGACAACUCAGGCAACUGUUGAAAAGAUUGGUGUGACGGAGCUUCAGUCAGAGGGAGAGUUUUCUCUGUCUAUGUCGAUUGAAAUGCCUUAUGAGAUCAUCAACUUGAGCUCUUCACACCGCAUCAAAACCAAGAGGACAGACUGUAAGGCAGUGAUCAGCACGUUACCGGGACAGACUCUGGGAUCUGAAGGGUUACAGGUGUCCUUCAGUCUUUCUAAUAUCCACAUGCCCAGGAUGUGGGUCGAGAACCAUCCGGAUAAAGAGAGUCAGGCCUGCAUGCUGGUGUUUUAUCCUGACUUUAAGUCAAUCGGGGUGUCCAGCUCUGGAGGUCCGUCCAGUGUGAGCGAUGUGGUCAUUCUACUGGACUCCUCCAAGUCCAUGCGGGGAGACGCCAUGCUAAACGCUCGCAGGAUUGCCCUUCAAGUCCUCAAAUCUCUGGAUCACUCACUGAAGAUCAACAUCAUCUCUUUCAGCACUGAUUACAAGGAAGCGUUUCCUGCACCAUUGCCUUUAUUUGAGGCAUCUGAAGCAGCCAGAAAAUUUAUUAUGUCGUGUAGCGGCUCUGGUGGCAGCACUGAUCUGUGGCGGCCUCUCCGGAUCCUGAGUCUGCUGCCUCCCUGCCGGGGCGUGAGGAACAUCCUGCUGCUCUCUGAUGGACAUGUUCAGAACCAGCCUCUGACCCUACAGCUGGUCCGAGAAAACUCCUGCCACACGCGCCUCUUCACCUGCGGACUCAGCUUGACAGCCAAUCGUCAUAUGCUCAGAGCUUUGGCUCAGGCAGGUGGAGGAACAUAUGAAUUUUUUGACACAAAGAUGAAACACACUUGGACAGAGAAGGUGCGUGCUCAGGUUGAGCGUAUGGAGUCUCCAGGCUGCAGAUCAGUGGCAGUGAAGUGGCAGCAGUUUAGUCCCACAGCGCCCCGUCCUGUUCAAGCCCCUUCACAGCUUCACGCCCUCUUCAGUGACUGUCACUCUCUGGUGUACGGCUUUGUGCCACACUGCACUCAGGCCACACUGUUUGGUGAUUUGAGUGGACAAGAGAUCAAAACCAUGGUUUCCACCACAGAACUACAAAAGACAAAAGGAACUUUCCUUCACAAGUUAACAGCAAGAGCGAUCAUCAGAGACUAUGAAGAUGGCAUACUAGGCAACAGUGAGGCAGAACACGAGGGGAAGAAAGCAGAGCUGAAGUCCUACAUCAUUGAGCUCAGUAAAGAGUUCUCCAUCUUGUCCCAGUUCACAAGUUUUGUCGCCAUUGAAGAGAGGGACCAGAAUGAGCUUGACACUGGAUUCACAGAUAUUCCUAAAAUCAUAUCAGAAGAGGAUGUGGAUAUUUUACCAUACAUGGGCUGGACUGAAGAGAAGCCGAAAGAUAUGGAAUCAGAGGAAUUGUCCAGUAGUAGCUCCUCCUAUAAUUAUUUGCAUGGGGAUUACAUGGAAGAAUGCAUUUUGAAUGAAAUAUCUUAUGAAAUUGAUUAUUGUGAAAUGGAGGAGGCUGUGGGAUCUAGUGAUUAUUUUCUAGAAGGGUCGGCAGAGCCUUACAGUGGCCUUGCCAUCGCAGGUGAUCUCUGUUGUUUAACUGCUCCAGAGCCUCCCUAUAGCUGGGCUGCCACUCCGACCUUUAAGUCCAUUUCUUCCUCCAUGAGUGACAGGCCUCCCCUUCACGCUGCCGUAAUGCCUGCUUGUUAUUCCUCCAUGAGUGACGAGCGUCCCUUUUACGAAACUGCCUCGGUGCCUAAUUUCCAUCAGUAUUCUCAUAUAUCUGCAUCAUCAGAUUAUUUGUCCAGAGAUGACAGCGUUCCUCCUGUUGGUCCCAGUGUGCAAAGUACUAGAUCCAUAUGUGAAAGUCGUCCCAUUUUAAAUGCCAGCAGUGCACAUGUCAUACAGUUUGCAGGUUCUCCUGAUUCUACUCCUCUUGAUUUCACACGGUCCAUGUUCAGGACCCCCCCGUCACCUUCUCCUCCUCCUCCUCCAAGCUUGAUAGCUGCUGUCCGCUCAAAUUCUUCUCAGUUGCACUUUCCCCCUACAUUUAGAGACUCCAGAAGAACCCCCAGUCUUUUGAGUGAGUCUCUGAAUUGGUGUUGCUCAUCAGAUGAAGAUUUCUUUGAAGCACCUCCUCAACAACAAGCACAACAGCAACAAGAAGUGAUGCUAGAGGCGGAACUAAGGAAGAAACUGAUAUGUAUUAAUUCUCUGAGUUCUGCGCCUGCUGCAGACAGUUUCUCUCUCGAGUUUGACACUUCUCGAUAUUGGAAAAAAAAAACAAUGACUUGCUGGGCACAACGUUUUUCACAACCUCAAGACACUUUGUCAAAACUGAGAAGGAAAUCUGACACAGUGGCCUGGAAUGAGCUGUUUGACCUUCAGCAUGAGGAUGGAUACUGGGAGUGCACUGACAGGCUGAGCAGCUUCCUCAACCUGGACAUAGACUUUUUUGCCAAUGUCUUCCUUAAGGAGAAAGGCAUCCGUUCUUUUGGUGUGAAGGCUCAUGCUGACAUUCUGAGGCUGGUGGCGACUCUGCUGGUGCUGCAGCUGAUCCGGGUGAAGAAGCUGGCAGUGGGACAGCUGCUCGAGUCUCUCCUCCGGCUGAAAGAGUCCCAGGAGCCCAGACCGAUGUACUGGGAAGCAGUGAAGAGGGCCGUGGACUGGGCCUGCCGGACAGACAGACAGUAUCCGUGUGUGUGUAGCAGGCUGGAGAUCGGCUGGGAUUGGGAAUCAUCUACACGUCAACUACUGGGCUGUGAUUCUCCACACCCAUAUUCCCCACUCAGACCUAUUCUGGAGAGACGUACAGGUGUAUCAGUCAUGUAGAAACUGGACAGACACUGCAAGUUUCUGCUUCACUUUGCUGUUUGCCUAAGAAGAAAAUAAAAACUUUAUAGCCUUAAAUUGGCUCAAAUAUAUAUUCGGACACUUCAGUCACACUUAAAAUGUCUGAAUUUCUUUGCAAAAUACAAAUCCAAGUGUCAUUUACAAAUAAAUGAUGCAAAACUAACUUAACUUUUCUGGAAGGUUCACACAGAUAUUGUAGAAGAACAAUUAACAGCUGUAGUUCACCACAUUAUUACACACUAUGAACUUAAUGAAAUAGAAAGAUAAAUCCUUUUAUGUUUAAACUGUGUGUGUUUUUUAAGUAUAUGUAUAGACGUUCAGUCAUUAAGUUUGGAGACGUAAAAAUUACUUUCAGACUUGCUGGUAAACUUCUUGAAAUGCAUUCAUGGCUAUAUGAUCUGAUGCAGACUGUAAUUUAAUGGUCUUUGUAGAGUUUAAUAAAGCAAUUUUUCUGAA